AUGAGUCCCGGCCCAUUUCCAUCCAACGUCGUGGCAGUUUAUAUCCUCAUCCCGCCCACAUCAAACGGGAGCUCAGGCCCCACUUUUCUCCCGGGCUACGCUCGCCGCCGAGCUCCACCGCCUCCUCAUUCGCCGCUGCGGUAUUAACGUCGCCAUCACCGGUAAGCAACGUGCUUGUUGAUUUAUCUUCGUGGGAUUGAAAUCAGGAAGUCGCCGUUGGAUAUCAUCGGCUGUUCGGCAACUGGAUUCCACGAGGGAACGAGUCAGGAAUGCUUGGGCUCGACGCCCGAGCGUCAGACAUAGCCCCCGUCGAUUACAACUCGUCACUUGGGAGUUGUUUUCGGCCUAAGGUUCACUAACUCUUCCGUAGACGCAUCCUCCGAGAAGAACAUCCCUUCCUUCACCGAAUUUUCGGUGCUCGUGCUUGGAGAGGUGCUCCUCAAUUCUCCGUUGUAA